UACAGGAUUGGUCAGCUAUAUAUGAUCAGCAAGCACAGCCAUGAGCAGAGUGACCGCGGCGAGGGGGUGGAGGUGGUCCAGAAUGAACCGUUUGAGGACCCCGCCCACGGUCAGGGCCAGUUCACAGAGAAACGUGUCUACCUCAACAGUAAAUUGCCCAGCUGGGCUCGAGCGGUGGUGCCCAACAUCUUCUACGUAACAGAGAAGGCCUGGAACUACUACCCCUAUACCAUCACAGAGUACACCUGUUCUUUCUUGCCCAAGUUCUCCAUUCACAUAGAGACAAAAUACGAGGACAACAAAGGCAGCAAUGACAACAUCUUCUCAGACAGUGAAAAUAAAGACCAGGAAAGGGAGGUGUGUUUUGUCGAUAUCGCCUACGACGAGAUCCCUGAGAGAUACUUUAAAGAGUCUGAGGACCUGCGGUACUUCAAGUCAGAGAAGACGUCGCGAGGCAUGCUGCAGGAGGGCUGGAGGGACACCCAGGAGCCCAUCAUGUGCUCCUACAAGCUGGUCACCGUCAAGUUUGAGGUGUGGGGCCUGCAGACUCGCGUGGAGCAGUUUGUACACAAGGUGGUGCGUGACGUGCUGCUCCUGGGCCACAGGCAGGCUUUUGCCUGGGUGGAUGAGUGGAUCGACAUGACGAUGGAUGAGGUGAGAGAGUAUGAGCGCACCAUCCAGGAAGCCACCAACGAGAAGAUCGGGAUUUUCCCCCCGUCGAUCUCCAUCAGCGAGAUGCCCCUGUCCUCCUGCACCCUCUCCGGCCCCGCCAGCGCCCCCACCACCCCCAUCUGCACUGACGCGCCCGAGUUCCUCUCCGUCCCCAAGGACCGAGCCCGCAAGAAGUCCGCCCCUGAGACACUCACCCUGCCCGACGCCGCUACCCAGAACCAGAGUGGAGUCCCCCAGGGCUCUAUGCUGGUGCCGCUUCCAAAUCAAAAUCACUCCCCCUGGCCCUCCUCCGACUCUGACCAGGCUGAGUUAGGGGGGAAAUAGGAGGGACAGGGGAUGUUCUUUUCCCCCAUAUGCCCUGCCACCUCACUGUCUUAGUAGCCGAGCAAGACUAGCCUCUACGCCCCAGUGCCCAGUCCUCCAGGCCCAACUAACCACAUCCCAGAGUUCAGUGCUUCUUACACAUAUCUCCAGAGGUCAAAGGUCUAACCACCAGUUUCCAAUCUCCUACAUCCUCAACAGAAGUCGGUUUUGUCAGCCUUCAAUGGAUGGCUUCCUCUUCCUGAGAUCUAGCCAAUCAGCUGUCUGAUCUACUGUAACAACCACCCAUGUUGUCCAUCAAGAGAACAUAUCCACUACGGGUUUUGUGUCCUGUCCUCAAUUAGCGAUCCCUGUGUUCGUCUUACAAUACGUUAUUGACAAAAUGCCAGAUGGAUUCUCUUUUUUUAUAUCAGGUCAGCUGAUGAUCCUUAUGUAAUGUAAAUGUAGUUGCCAUAACAACAUGAAAUUAGAGAGACAAUGAAAUUAAUAUUGUUUUGUUCACUUGAGUGAAUGAACAUCUUUCCAUAGAAUUCUCAGCCUACAAAUAGAUCAUGAUAUAACUUUGACCUUGAAAUAAAUAAACGUUGAAAUUUACUAAAUGGAAGUAGAGGUACUGUAGUAUAGUUAGUGUUAAUAGCUACAUUGACUCACUAAAAAGACACCACCUUUCACCUGGACGGAGGACAGACCAUUCAAAACUGACCCCAGAUCUGUGUGUGUUCACGUCUCUCCACUCCGCACUCCAAUUGAAACAGAUGCAAGAUCAGUACAAUCACAGAAAGAGAUCCCUUCUCAGGUCUCCAGAGCUCUGCCUCAGCCCUCUUUAGGAAGGGCAGGGAACGUAACCUUUCUCUCCCUGCUUUAAAACACAAUUUUUAUACCUGCACAGAUAUAUCUAUAUACUGUAUCUAUACUCACCUGUCUACUUAACUAACCUUUGGGACGUUUACACAACAUUAGAUGAGCCAUGAUAAAAUACAUGUUUGGCAUCAAGUUUGACAUUGGAGAGUGAUGCAGCGAGUUUAAUCAAAUUGGUAUAGCAACAGAACAGAUAUGACUAGGAAAAAUGCAGUUUGGGGGAUAUGCUGUAAAUGUAAGUGAACAUUGAGCACAGUGGAGUUGAUAUGGCCUUACUGGAUGUGCUUGGUUAUCUUUGCAUUGUGCGCAUUGUGUUUUUAGGAUAAUGUUGCUUUCCAAUGUUGGUACUGAACCAGUUUUGGUGGGCUCAGAAAGUUAUUUUGAAGCAACAACGUUAGCGGCGGCCAUCUUGUUUUUCCUGCACUAGCCUCACCACAGUGUGUCAUCAGAUACUUUGGGGGGAAAGAAAAAUGGAGGAGAAGGUUUCUCUUUGUGUAAUGGCCUUGCUAUGAUGCUACUAUUUUAUUCAAUCACAUAGAUGCGAAAAAGGGUCUCAUAUGCCGCAUGAAAUGUUCACAAACAUGUAUACAUAUGUAAAGUAUAUGUGUAUAUAAAUGGCAGUAUAUAUUGUUGAUGCGAAAUUGUGGAGAAAGCGAAUGUGACGUUGUCCUAGGCUCUGUAGUGUAACCAUUGUAUAGUAAAGCAGAGUUUUACAAGAGACUGAAACUGAGCAUGUUCUGAGAAUACAACUCUCUACUCAGUGCCUCUGCAUGCAAAAGUCUAAAUUGUCUCGUCUGUAUACAAAUCCAAAACAUUUCAAUUAAGAAAAAAAUGGUAAUGUUAAAGGGCAAUUCCACCACUUUUCAACCUAAUUUUCAUUAUCUCCAGCACAAUACCAGUGUCUACAUAAAAUGGCGUAUAUCUACAUUUUGUAGAAAAAAAUAUGAAGUUACAAAGUUCAUCAUCAACCUUUUAAAAACGGUGAUUUUCAAACACUCUGAGAUUCGUGGUGACGUGGAGCAAUAAAAUACCCCUCUGGCUAGAAACUCGUUGCAGGUUUUGAAAAUCACAGUUUUUCUUACUUUUAAUCCUACCCUGAGAUGUCACAGAGAAGCAUUUUUUUGGAACCUUUCUUCUUAUCUUUGUAACACAGAUCAUAGAAACGUGCCGUUUUCACAUAUCUAGACACCGGUAUGGUGCUGGAGAUAAUGAAUAUGAGCUUGAAAAGUGCCCUUUAAGCCUACUAUUCAAUUUAUUGAAUUUUCUAAACAUUGAUUUGAAAUACAGCUUCAUUUUAGUUAUUUUCAUCAUCAAAAUGUAUUAUGUCAUAAUUUACAAGAUAUUGAGAGAAAUAGCUGAAGUUUGUAGUACCUGUUGACCAUUGUUUUGUCCUGAAGACAUUACAUUACAUAUGUGGGCAUUUGCACUUUGUGAUGAGAACGAAAUUAGCCGUUAACAAACAUGUACUGACUGUUAUAUCUCUGUUUUAGGGUUUUGUUGGACCAAAGUUAUACAAGCCUACUUGUUGGUCAGAUAUAGAUAUUUCUCUACAGUGUCUAACCCCAAAAGUGUCUAAUCUUUACACAAGACGCUCACUAUCAUUCAAAACUGUACUUGUCUUUGCUGUUAAAUUUCCUGUGGGAUACAUGUGUUAAAUGAUAUCGACUAUCUCUCUUUCAGGAAUACAAAAAAAACAGAGAUAUGUUUGAUUGCCAGUAGGCUAAUGCUUGCUUACAUGCUUACAUAAAUUCAUGGAUACUUUUUGAGUGAGCUUAUGUGGAGCAUGAAACUUACGUGGAGCAUGGAACCGAAAAUGAAAGAGUUUACUAUUUACAAAACCUUGUCCUUCACUCUGAAAAAUAACCAAACCUUGAUGUUAUAUUUGUCAUUUUGCAUUAAUUUUGUUUUGAAUCUAUAACAUUUAAGGUGCAGUGUCCCAUUGUUAGUUCUCUUUCUUGAGCUGUUGAAAAAUUCACUGUAGAAAAGACCAUUGUAACUACAUACAUUACAACCCUAUGAGCAAAAUACAUAAAAUAAAUAUGUAUUUUUGGUUGAAAGGACAUUGAAAAUACUUAUUUUUCAACAUAUUGUGCUCACUGUAAAAAUAUUUACUUUGAAUUUGCAACCUCCCCAUUGUAGUGUGCAUCAUCGACGUUCCAGUUGCUUUUGAUGAUCCUACAGCUCUUUGACAUAAUGACACAUUAUCUAUAAAAACAAUAUUUGAAUCAAUAUUUUUUUUUAUCGGGGUGACUGUGUUUACUUUUUUCUUUUUACAAUGCAUCUUGACUCGGAGGUUGGUUUUCUGUUAGAAUUUUCACAACUGCUGUAGUUUGAUUUUGUGGUUUGCUGUAUUUCAAAUGGCAUCUGUUCAUUCUAAGAAAAGGACCAAGCUUUCGUUGUGUCCCUCCUGAUGCGGCUUGCCAGGCUGUCGUGCUGUCUCCCUAGCUCUGGUCCAGGGUGUGACUGCUGCUUCCUGACACUGAGCCUCCUGAGCAGGAGGAGCGUUAGCAAUCCACACUAACACCCUGGACCAGAGCUACCGUCUCCCUAUCUGAAGUGCCAUCCUAGUUCUGCUGCUGGAAGUCGCUCUGGGUUCUUCCACUGAUUAUAUUUGUUAUAUUUUUACUGCCCUCCUUGAGGUAUAUUUGGUUCUCCGUUGUAAUUAUUGUUUCACUUUUUUCUUAAUUAUUUUAGUAAAUAAAGUUUACUUGCUACUA